ACAAACUCGCUUCCUUCAAUCCAGAUUCUCUCUCUCUUUGUGAUUUGUUGGUUCGUAAUUUCUUCAAGAUCAUGGAAGAUGAUUCGCUGAGUUCCUACUAGUCGUAGGUUUCAAUUCAGUAUCUAUCAUCGGACGCCUCGAACACCGAAGGAUCACUCCUCCUAGCUCGUCAAUGCGGAUUUGUGACAUUGCUUGUUAGAUCAAAUAUCGCGUAUUGAGUGCAGUUCCCUAUACGCCUCGGCAUUGAUGGGGAAGCACGUGGAAGCCAGCCGUGCUGCGUUCUUCGCUAAGCUUGUGGUGAUUGCAGGAGUCGGUUUUGGCUUCCGUACUACGGUUAAAGCUGCUACUGAUCCUAAUGAUGUUCAAGGGCUUCAAGUUUUGUACACUUCAUUGAAUAGUCCUUCACAGCUAAUAGGUUGGAAAUCUAGCGGUGGCGAUCCUUGUGGAGAGUUAUGGAAGGGAAUUACCUGUCAAGGUUCUUCCAUUGUUUCUAUCCAAAUAUCCGGGUUGGGACUUAGUGGAUCAAUGGGAUACUUGCUUAGCAACCUUGGCUCACUCAGGACAUUGGAUCUCAGUAACAAUAACAUUCAUGAUUCGAUACCAUACCAGUUGCCGCCUAACCUGACCAGUUUAAACCUUGCAAGUAACAAUUUAAGUGGGAUCCUUCCUUAUUCCAUAGGUGCAAUCAGUUCACUCAACUAUCUGAAUAUCAGUCGAAACUCAUUAUCCCAGGCGAUUGGGGAUACACUUGCCAAUCAUUCUGCACUAUCAACUCUGGAUGUGUCAUUCAACAACUUAACAGGGGAUCUCCCACCUGUUGUCUCAUCAUUGACAAAUCUAUCAAUUCUUCAUGUACAAAACAAUCAACUUACAGGUUCCCUCAACAACCUUGUUGGCCUGCCUCUGUCGAAUUUGAAUGUCGCGAACAACCAUUUCACCGGCUGGAUACCAUCAGAACUCCUUUCUAUUCCGAAUUUUGUAUAUGAAGGGAACUCAUUUGACAAUGGUCCUGCUCCUCCACCACCACCAUACACGUCGCCUCCUCCCAGUGGAUCUCACAAUAACACCAAGCGAGCUCCACCUAGUGGAUAUAGCCCUGGCUCUGAUUCUCCAAACAAUGCUGAAAAUAAGAAUGGAUUGACAACCGGACCAAUUAUAGGGAUUGUUCUAGGAUCUUUAUUUGCAGCAGCCAUUUUGCUUCUUGUUCUAGUUUUUUGUCUUAAAAGAGGUAACAAGAAGGAAAUUGCUGCACAAGCCUCAGCUGGAAGUUUUUCGAUCAGCAGCCACGAAGUGAAUAUCGAGCUACACGAACCAGGGAUGAAGCCUACAGCAACUCAAUCUGAUUUAAAGCCCCUUCCGAGCGAAGGUGUUGCAGUCGAGAGGUCGCAUGGACGGAAUGGAUCUAUGAAAAGAGUGAAGUCUCCGAUAACUGCUGCAUCUUACACAGUUUCUUCACUUCAGUCUGCCACUAAUAGCUUCAGUCAAGAGAAUCUGAUCGGCGAAGGAUCUCUUGGACGCGUUUACAGAGCAGAAUUCCCCAAUGCGAAGGUUAUGGCCAUCAAGAAGAUCGACAAUGCAGCGCUGUCCCUGCAGGAGGAAGAUAAUUUCCUUGAAGCCAUAUCGAAUAUGUCUCGACUGAGGCAUCCAAACAUCGUUUCUUUAACUGGAUACUGCAUGGAGCACGGGCAACGCCUUCUUGUCCAUGACUAUGUCGAGCACAGUAGCUUGCACGAUAUGCUGCACUUCGCUGAUGAGAAAAGCAAAAUGCUGGCGUGGAAUGCGCGAAUUCGCGUGGCACUUGGCACUGCUCGAGCUCUAGAGUACCUUCACGAAGUGUGUUUGCCGCCUGUGAUACACAGAAACUUGAAGUCGGCGAACAUUUUACUCGAUGAGGAGUUCAAUCCCCACCUCUCCGACUGCGGAUUAUCUGCUCUGACACGAAACACCGAACGGCAGGUUUCGUCGUCUAAUAUGAUAGGCUCAUUCGGAUAUAGUGCACCUGAAUUCGCAUUAUCCGGAAUAUACACUGUAAAAAGCGACGUAUACAGCUUUGGUGUAGUCAUGCUCGAGCUACUGACCGGUCGAAAGCCUCUCGACAGUUCACGACCGAGAUCAGAGCAGUCGCUAGUAAGAUGGGCGACGCCUCAACUCCACGACAUCGAUGCUCUAGCUAAGAUGGUCGACCCGGCUCUCAAUGGCAUUUACGCUGCCAAGUCCCUCAGCCGGUUUGCAGACAUCAUCGCACUCUGCGUUCAGCCGGAACCUGAGUUCCGACCACCAAUGUCGGAGGUGGUGCAAGCACUGGUGCGGCUGAUGCAGCGGGCGAGCAUCGGGAAGAGACGAUCGAGCGACGAUUCGGGUUUAGGGUUCAAGGCUCAAGAACAUGAUGCUUCUACUGCUGCUGCAAACGACUUGUUGUAGAGAAUAAGGUAAGAUCUCUCGUACGUUUAUGCAGUUCUUUUGCACACACUUUGUGUACAAAUGGUUCAAUGCUAUUUUAUUUUAUUUUAUUUUUUUUGUUGCUAUCCGAAAGUACGGGAUAAUACUUUUUGUUAUGUAUCUAUAUAUAUGUAUAGUGAUUUGAUGUAAUACUUUGUUAUAGAGGAUAUGGUUUUUUUUUUAAAACAUGAAAUUUGAAU